AGGCAGCAAUGGAAAAUUUUCAUACAGGAUCAUUUAAAUCUUAUUCUGUCAAUUGCAGUCUAUGUAUACUUAGCUUUUGCAAUCAGUGUCAGGCAGUGACUAAGCGAUUUAGGAUAAAGUGGGAGAACAGAGACGUAAAUAAAGAAAAUAAUAAUGAUAAAUAUAAAUAAAAAUUCUCAUGCAGCAAGUCAGAUUACUGUUAGUAUAGCUAGUGAUUGGGGUUUUUAUAUUUAUUCUUCAUUUCCAUAAUUAGUUUCUUAAUUAGGGCAUUGUGGGCUAUUAGGUCGGUGUCCCUGAUAUUGGGUAUACUAUUUUAGGAUUUAGGGAUUUCAUGGGACGUAUUCUGUGAAUUUAUGGAUUUGAUUUCAAGAAGACAGCUUUAGUGAUUGUAUGGGUGAUAAUUGCAAAAUUAAGAUGGAUAUCAUGAAUUGAUAUAAGUUACUUUAUAGUGACGCACAUAGUUAGAGGGAAAUGGACACUGCCAUCUUAUAGAGCGGAUAAAGUCAAACGGAAUACAAUAGAGUUUAAGCUGCAGUGGUUUCAUAAAUGGUAAAUGACAAGAAUGUACGGUGCAUAGCCUUGCUCAAAGAUUAAGUCCUCAAUACUCAUACGUAACCAGAGUUCCUUAGUUUUUAUGGAGGUUCAUGCUUUUUGCUUCUGUGCACAACGGAGAUCUUUGCCAUGUGCCUGUUUGCUUCCCAAACCUUUUUUGCUUCAUGAUGACACAUCUUCAAUGACCCAUUCUUCUUAAGUGACAACAGUAAUUCUAUCAAAUCUGGGAUUGCGUGGCAAGUCUGCGCAUUCUAGGAAUUGUUUCACAUUUAUUUGCAUUGAUGACUUUGUGGAAAAUUAUUUUUCUGAGCAAUUUUUUAACGUUAAACCGAGGAUCUCCCCGCAUUUAUAUAACUAGUCUGGGAGACUCUAAGAGAGACAAUAGAAUGAUUUAAUUGCAAGCAGUAGUUGGAACCUCUGACACUGUUGGGGCUCUGGCAAAGGCCAGGAAUAUGAAUUGUAUAUAUUCAGGCAAGAUAAAGCUUAUGCCAAUUUUUAAUUAAUAAUGAAAUAUUUUAAAAAUCAGCAUUUACUAAAUGCUCAGUUAGUUUAACCUUGAUGUCUAUGGUAUACGUACCAUUAUGUUCAUAUUACUGCACUAGAAUCGUGAGAUUGUAAUGCAUAAAAUAACAUGUCAGGUGUACACAAGAAAUUUUAAUUAAUAGAAUAUUAAUAAAUGCAUCUUUGGACUGCCGGUCUGAGAAUAUCUUCAGACAAGCAUUCCCUUACAUAUAGUAGAGGGUUAUUGGUCUUUGCUGGUUGCGGGAAUGCUGGUAGAUGCACUGGUCCUGGCAACUGCUUAAGAUGCAGAUACAGAUUUCUUAAUCAUAGUUGGCUCCUGCACUAUGAAACUAUAUUUAGACAGAAGGCAUCAUAAAGUGUGGUUGUCACAGCAGCUUAAUUACAUGAUUGAAGGCAGAGGAGCUAAUUUAAAUGAAACAGGAAUCUAAUGCCAUUAUUCAGAAAAAUGCCAAAAUACUAUUGUAUUUUGAGACAGCCUGAUUACAGGGAAAGAGCAAAUGAAACAAGUAUGAAAUAACCAUACAAAUUGAUUAUUUUAUAUUUUUUUCCCCCUUUCUUUCUUUCUUUUUCUUUUGUUUCAUUAUUUAAUUAUGCAUUUCUUUUCUUUAUUUAUCUUUUUUUUUUUUUUUUUUUUUAGGAAUAUAUUAAGGGAGCUAUCCAUCAUCUGUAUGGAUCCCCUGAGUCCUAUAAAACAUGCCUUAUGAAUUACAAUGAUUAUCAGUGCAACCAGCAGUAAUAGUUGGCAGUAAGACCGGUAUGGAACAACACAUACUGCAUGUAUUUGCUGCAACUUGCAAAAUGAGUGUGUGCACAACCCAGAUCACCUAUUCUGCCACCAACUCUGUCCCUGUCGCUGUGCAGGAGGGCCUUUUGAUACGACAGGUUGUGGGAGGGCAGGAAUUUUACGAAUGUGUGGUGUGUCAGAGUUCUAUGUCUGGCAUUGUGCCAGCAAAAUCGCAUCUGGAAGGGUCCCGUCACCUCAAGGCCCUACGGAACAAGGCCUAUACUGCAGUACUCACUUCCUGCGCCAAUCUGAAUAUUUCCCGAGAUGGCCCCGACUUGAGCCCUUCGUAUCAGGACCUUUCUCGUGUGGAAAAGACAUCCAGUUACUCAGAUGACUCAGAUGAUGAAAUUGCUGCAUCCAUGAAACGAGGCAUAAUAUCAGAGAAGUGCGUGAACAACAAGAUGUUCUUUGAGUGCAAUGUCUGCAACAUCAUGUGCACGGGGACAGCCAGUGUUUCAGAACACCUGCAAGGAGAGCAACACAACAAGAAGCUCAAGCGGCAGGAUAAUCCAGAAGAGAAGGAUCACAGGGUUGUUGACAUACCUGAUAGUAAAUUUGGAAAGGUGAUAUCUGAUGAGGAGCUGAUAGAACGAAGAAUCAUCAAUGGGGCUAUACACUACCACUGCAGACUCUGCAAUAGUUCUUGCACCGGAGGGGAAAACCUAAACCAGCAUUUGACAGGUAGACAACACCUGAAAGCCAGAAGGAACCGAAACUUUGGAGACCCAGCUGCAGCUUUUCGGACCAACAGUCCUGCAAGAGGGCAGACAACGACUCCCUUUAUACCAGUACAGGCAAAUAUCCAAGACCAGGUUACCUACGACAGACUAGCAGCAGAGAGAGCAGCUGAAGGCUAUUACUGCAGUGUUUGCAAUAUCUCAUGCACAGGGAAGGAAAAUUUGGACCAACACGAAAGAGGAAGGCAGCAUCAAAAGACAUUAAAUAGGACAUUGAGGGGAGGUGGGAUAUCCACGGCACCCUCCACAUCCAGAGCAAGUGUCAGUCCGUAUAGACAGGAUCCCCCUCAAAUGGGGCAGAGUCCCUCUCUCCCAGUUGCUGCCUCGGAGCGUGCACAAACCGAGAGGACUGAGGAGGACAAGUCAAAAGACCUAGUACAACUUGCGUUGGAGAAUGGAUAUAUGAUCAAGACAGACGUUGGUUACUUCUGCCUGAUAUGUGAGGUGACCUCGUCUGGGAUUGUACCGGUGUCAGAGCACCUUGCAGGGGACACACACCAGAGGAAUCUACAGGACCAAAUCAGUCUUCAGAAGAGCAUGAUUGCACCAGACAAGAGUUGUCCCGCCCCUAGCACAAGCAGCACCAUGCGGGAAAGUCCCAACCGUAAUGUCAUCAAGAGCCCAUACCACCCCCCAAUACCACCUCAAGUCCAGCUACCCUACACUAGAAGCAUGUCCGGGCAUGGCUCCCAUCUGCCAAACAAUCUGCAAAAUGUUCAGGUGUAUCAUGCUUGUGAGCCUCUGGAUAAUCUCUUCUCAUGAGCGUUAUAUAUGUGAUAUACAGGUGUGCCCUUCACCUUUGUGUAUGUCAAAUAACUCCUGUUUAGUUGUCUUCAGUUGCAUCUGUAAACACGUUUUUGCUUCUAUAUUAUUCAGUAAGAUGAUAUUUCAAAAAUAGCUAUCGGGCAUUUUAAGUGCACACGAAAUAUAGUAAACAAUGCAUUUAUCCUGGUAUUUCUUUUGUAAUUUUCUCCAGCUGAGGAGAUUGACUGGAAAUGGAAAAUCAGGGAUGCCAUUGCUGAAUUACUGUUAUUUUCAGUAGGAAAUUUUCCUUGCAAUGAUUUUACAAAGGAAAUUAGUUUGUUCCCAUCUCUGAAAGGAUGCUUUUGAUGGGAGCCUUAGGUCCUUAUCACUUCUUACUGGCUGGUCGAUGAUAUCAAGGCGUACAUUAUUUAAAUCACCAUUUUUUGGAAACUUCAUCUUCUCUGAUUUUAUUUCAUAUUGGUGAAUAUUUUGCAUAGUUUCUGUACUAUAACCCCCCCCUUUCCUUUGCCCCAGCAAAUGACAAGGUUUUUAUGAGGCUAUUGAGUAAUAGGCACUUACUUUCAUUUGCUAUUAGACUGCAUCAAUUGGGGAGCCAUUCUCUUCCUUGUGUAAUCAAAUGGGCACAAGAAUCCAGUCAGUUGUUAUUUCUCUUGUAUGAUUGUCAGUGAUGGUGUCCUAACCUUCUUUAACCAUCUUCUUACUCUUGAUGUGAUAUUUAUUGUAACAACCACAGCUGUAGAUGAAAAUGGGUCUCAUUGUGGACUUGUGAUGUGCCUCCCUUGCAGUGGGUUAGCUUAGAGCAAUUGAAAGUGAAGGGCAGGAAAGGUUUAGUUUAGAGCAACUGAAAGUGAAGGGCAGGAAGUUAUUGAUGAUUUUUUUUUUCAACACCCGAAUAUGGGAUACAGUAUUAAGGUUAAGGGUACUCUCAGGAAGCUUAACAAAUGAAUAAAUCCAGCAAAAAAAUAGAGUUGUGGGUUUUGCAUGACAUUUGCUAAAUAGAAAUUGUUAGAAAAGAGCCUUAUUGUUGUUUAUCCAUCAGUUGAGUCAUUAUUUUCUUAGGCACCUUUAUUAAUAUUAGCUUUUAUUUCUGUUAUUUUUACUUUUAUUGGGUUUUUAAAAGAAGUCAUUAUAUAUUUGAUUUUAAAGGUAUUUAAUAUAUAUUUUUAAAAAGGGUUAAUGAAUUACUAAAUGGAACUAUGUAUUUACAGGAUGAUUUUUGCACUUUUAGGAUGAUCCUUAUGUUAACAGGAAAAAGAUAGAUUUAUUUGUUACAAAUUUUAGAGUUCAGCGGCAGUAUUCACGAAAGAUUGGACUAGACUCGGCUAAGGACAGUCUUUAAAAGGAGCUCGACAAAGUCUACAAUGAUUUUGGAGUCAGACCAUUUUCGUGAAUACUGCCCUAGGCUUAUGUUAGUUUUAUAAGAUGGUGAGGACUGAAGAACAUAACAAUAGCCCACAAAAUGUUGUGUUCAGUGGUAUGGCUAGUGGAUUAAAACAAGUAAUAAUGACAGUAACAAUAAAGCACAGAGAAAAAGGUAAAAGUUACAUGUCUAAGUGCCAUUUCCACAUGCUCAUAUCUCCAAACUUUAAACCUUAGUAUACUCUACAUGUAAUGAAUGUUUUAAAAAUGUUUUAAAUUUUGUUCAUGUUUGUGCAGAUUUUAGGAACUAUAUUUCAUUUAUUCAGAAAGUACUUAAACAAUGGUUAAAAAGCAAAAUAAAUCUGCUUGAGAAGUACUUAACGAAAAAAAAAAGUUGCAGACUCGUACAAACAAUAAACACACCCACUCAGAUGUUGUGCACAGUUUAGCUCUCCCUUCUUUUGUAGAAUUCAUGGAUUGCAUUUGCAGAGAAGUCAGACAAGUAAUUUUUCUUUCUUUCUUUCUUUCUUUCUUUCUUUCGUUCUUUCUUUUUCUUUCUUUCCCACCCCAAGUGUUCAGGAGCAAUAUUUGUCUUUAUUUUAGACAUGUAUUUACAUGAAACUAAUUUAUUACCGUCCCAGCCAGGCAAAGAACCUUAGCUGGAAUAUAAUACCUGUUCAACUGUACAGUUUAGCUAUACAAACAUGACUUCUAUCUACCGAUACCCAGGGUACCUUUAAUUUGAAAAGUCGUUUUCAACCUAGAUGUAUACUGGCUCUUGCUAGAUAUAAGUUUUGUUUGUAUAGCAAAACUAUAUAGUUCUCCAAGUGUUUUUAUUGCAGCGAGGGCUCUUUAUCAAUACUAAAGCUGUAGAACGGCAAUUUAGGCUUUUUGUCAAUAGAACUGGAAUUGUGAAUUGGACUUUUUUUUUUUUUUUUUUCUUUUUCUUUCUUCUUUCUUUUUUUUCAGUUUAAAUGCAAUUUAAAUAACUUUUAUUGUUACAAGAUAAAGGGAGUUAGUUUCCUGUGUGGGUGGAUGUGUGUUUGUGUGAGCACAGCAAAGGUCAACUACGCUUACAUUGAAAUUCAGGUCCAUUUAAAGGUACUGAUGAUACUUGAUGUUGAAUCAAUUUUAAUAUAAUAAAUAGAUUACAGUUAAGUUUUAUUAUAAGAGCCGAAUAUGAUGUAAAUUUAGAUAAAGAGUGUCCUCAAAAUCUUUUCUUAUCAAGUUUUGGAUUUAUCAGGAGUUAGUCUUGAUUGUGUUUUCCAUAAAGUUUUGUCAUGCAGGUCUCAAACUGAAAGGCAGUAAUGUUACACUGAUGCUCUCCUUUUUUGUCAUCUAGUUUAACCUUAUGUGCUUUUAAAUCUGUAAUAAAACAAAAAAAUACA